UUCCCAAACCCAGGGGGGGGACUUGGCCAAAGAGGUCCAAUUUCCGCAAAGGACUUUAAUCGUCAUCGACGGCCCAGGUUCUAGUCAUGGACUACUGGCUGGUGAUGUUCCUUUGUCUUAUGGCAGCGCCCCCCUGCUGGACAGGCUGCGUAGAGGUAGAAUCCGAAACGGAAGCGGUGGUCGGCCAUGAAUUUAAGAUCCGGUGCAUCUCCUGUAAGAAGAGGGGGGAGACGGUCGCCAAAACCUUCACCCAGUGGUUCUUCAGAGGGGAGAACAUGGAAACGUUUGACGAGAUCCUCAUCUACCAAUGGCCGCGCCAGCACAUCCUGGAUCACCGUUUCGUAGGGCGGCUGAAAUGGAACGGCAGCGCCCACUCGGAAGACUUGCAGGACAUGUCCGUCGUCAUCACCAACGUCACCCACAACCACCAGGGGGAGUACAUGUGCCGGGUCAACCGCACGCUCAGCUUCGAUAGCCACGAAUACAACACCAACGUCACCAAAUUCAUCCAGGUGGUCGUGGUGGACAAAGCAAACAGAGACACGGCCUCCAUCGUGUCGGAGAUCAUGAUGUACGUCCUCAUCGUGGUGCUGACCAUAUGGCUCGUGGUCGAGAUGAUCUACUGUUACCGCAAGAUCGCCGCUGCCGGGGAGGAGACGGUGCUGGAAAACGCAUCGGACUACUUAGCAAUAACAACGGAGACUAAAGACAACUGUCUGGGGGUGCAAGCGCAGGAAUAGCUGAACCGCAAAGACUCAGGGCACCCAGCUGGAGGAACGGACUACCCCGGAGGCGACACGGAUUCGACCGAAAACUGUAACGGGUCACAGACGAGGCCACGCCCAACAACUAACCCCUUCACCCCCAGGAGCCCGUCACCCCGUUUUUAUCCUUCUUACACCCGCCACAUCGACAACCCUUCCGAGUCACAUGAUCUGCGGUCUUCUUUGGCUUCCCGUGAAUCCGGGGGGCUGAGGACAUUCACCCGCGAUGCUUCCACGAAAAUCCGCCUUGUUUG